AUGGCUCAGAAUAGCUCAGAAUCUAUCACAACUAUCGACCAUGGCUUGGCUCAGUAUCCAGUCAAGGUUGACGUUCAGGUUAAAGUUCAUGUAGAUGGAGAGGAUAAUAUAUUCAGUGGAAUAGGGUCAGCACACAGAGAUGACGACCAUCCUUACCCUUUCGGUGGAGUUGUCUACAAAUAUAAUGAUGUACAUAUCAAGCUAGCCACACCAUAUGAUACCAAAUCAUAUUCACAUCAUGACAGUGGUGGGAUUGCUUUUACAGGAGGAAUAUCAAAUUUAUACCAUGGGCCAAGCCAUUUGUCAGGACCUUACGUUAAAGGAUUUGCUAGAGUGAGAGCUUGGAAAGAAGCAGAUAUGCCGGAUGUUUUAUUUUCACAAACGAUAAAUAUGAGUGUAAUAGAAAAUUUCAAAGAGGUACAUCAUGGACUAGAGUAUUACCCAGAUAUAGUGUCUGUUCAAACAAAGAUGAGCGACGGAUAUAUUUCAGAUGGCCAAGGUGGGGUUUCAUUUUUGAACAACAGUAAUAGCCUGUAUGAUUCCCUUGGUGGUGUUGUUUAUGCAUUUGACGAGGAGAUGGUUCGUUUAUGGGUUCCUACGUUGGAAGGACCAAGUAGUGAUGGAGGAGUUUUCAGUGCCGUAGACGGAUGGCGGCUCGGGCUAAAACAUUCUGGAACAGUUGAUAUUAAAGCAUGGAACUUUGGCUGUCAACAACAAGUUUAUCAUCAUGAGAUUGUUUUAGGAAAGGAUAUUGACCAUAAUGGCACCUUUCCAUUUCCUUUUUUCUAUGAUAUAACAAACCAUCUUGUAACUGUACAGAUAAAAGCACUUCAAAAUAGUGGAGCGAAUGAUGGAAUGCUGUUUUAUGGUACAGGAACUACAAUGGCGUCGACAGAAUAUGGGUUUGGUGGUGUUGUUUAUGUUUACACUGAAAAUAAAGUUAUGGUAUGGCGGCCAUCUGAUACUGCCUCCAAAGGUAAUAUCAUAAACAUUGGAGAAAGAUGGGGUAAUGGAACCGCAAAUCAAAGCUCAGAAACAGCUGUUGUCAUCAUUCGAGUUAUUCGACUAAAACCUCGAGGGGUUUGUCCAGUACCUCCACAGGGACAACAUGCAUCAUUCAAUGAAUAUGACAACAACCCUGGAGGUGUAGUUACCUAUCAAUGUCUCCAUGGUUACGUACAAGUUGGUGGCGAUGUGAAUAGAUUUUGUCUCAAAAAUCUAACAUGGCAUGGGACAUCAUUAAUUUGCAAAGCAAUUCAAACUAUACAAAUAGACGAUAUUCUCAAUGCAAUACGAAUAAACAGUGAAACUACGUCGAAAGCUCGACGAUCCAAAAUUAGCAUAUGGGAAGAUAGACGAUCUGUGUGGUGUAUCGGAUAUUCUGGAAUCGCCAUUUUAGCUGUGAUUAUGUGCUCUGUUGUUGUACCAGAUUGCAUGCGCAUAUCAAAGCACCUAUGUGACUACUAUUCAUUAUAUCGAAAGAAGUGA